AUUACAUUCUUAUAUCCCCAGAAUGAGUGAGCGCAUGAGAGUUAUAGACAAUAGUGUUAGGGAAAAAAUGGAUGAAUGUCUUAAUAAGGUGAGGGAAAUGAAGGAGAUAGAGACCCAACUGAAACAUGCUUGCGGGGUUGACGAUGCUAGUAUGACCACAUCAUAUGCUUGUGACAUGGACUCGUGGCUUAAAAGAUGGAAGAAGAUACGGGAAGUAGAUAUAAAAGCCUACGCUUGUUUUGACUGCUCUAAAGUACGGAAAAUAAUCCGCGGCUUGGGUACUCAUAAAUUUCAAAAGUUCUGCAGAAUGAAAAUAGGACGCCGUUUUAUUCUAGUAGUUUUAAUGAUGAAAAUCAGAGGGAUAGAAUGGCCUCCACAUGAUGAUGCUAAUAUUCCACAACUCGAAGCUUAUCAUGAAGAACAUCUCCAGGACGAAGUAGACCGAUUGGAAGAGAAUUUAUGUAAGAUUCGAGGGGAUCAUCUCGUCCUUGCUGAUCAACUUCGAUCCAAAUCUGUAUAAUCCAACUUAUAUCUUUCAUUGU